ACAAACUGCAGGUCCAUGGGGGGAAACCUGGCAUCUGUUCACAGCAUCGAUGAGUACCAUGAGAUCCAAACGCUGAUCAUGUCUGCCACUCAUGAACCAAAGAAGAUCUGGAUUGGAGGCUCUAAUGCCCAGGAGGACGAUGUUUGGUUGUGGAGUGAUGGCAGCACUUUCCGUUACACCAACUGGUGUUCCGGAGAGCCCAAUAAUCGCAGAAAAAGACAGCACUGCCUACAAAUGAACCAUUCAUCUGGAAAAUGCUGGGACGAUGUGGAAUGUUGGUCUGAAAGACCGUACAUCUGUGCCAAGAAAAUAUGAAGAUGACAAACGGUGCAGAUGUGCUGCUGCUUCAGAUAAUGUCUUUUAUUUCUUUAAAAUUGAAGUUUCACUUUAGUUUCUGGAAUAGAGGCGAAACUGGAUGUUCCUUCAUGUCUGAUGAUCAAAACGCUGAAAGCUAAAC